AUGGCGCGCGAAUGGUACGGUUGCAUAUUCGCAGACGAGUUCCGAGAGCUCUACGACAUGGCAACAACCCAGCCUUUUAAGGCAUGCAAGCAACCUUUCUCCAAGAUAGGACCUCUGCGGUUGGUGGUUUGCCUGACAUGUCAAGCUCGUUGCGGGUGCCGAGAUCCUGCUGGCUUUAUCGAGGCCCAUCGCCUCGGGCACGAGUGCCAGAAGAACGGCGCACACAUCACAUCCUUCCACCCGUACAUUAUGACUCCUGAACAGUACGAUCGAUAUUCCAGAGUGGACUUCCGCAACAAAUUCGUCUGGGACGGACAAAGAUAUGUCGCGAGGGCUGGCCUGAGUUUGGGGACUGAGGUCGAAAUCAUCCGCCGAUCUAUUUGGCCGCUGAAGGGCGAUAAACCAGAGCCCCGUCUGGCCCUGUCGCUACCCAUGGAUCGCUGGAAUGAGCGCCAAACACUGAUCGGCAUGAGACCGACAGCGCCAUCUUCUUUACCAGCCCUGCUUCGACAACACGUCUAUCAGCCCCCAGAAGGAAGUAUCCAGAGACGUGCUUUGUUGGACUCUGGCUACGGUAGUAGUGAAGGGAUCACGAGGGGCAUGAGGAAGCUGGCCACAUCGCGCUCAGAGCUGCAGUCAGGCCAACAACACCUGCAGCAAGGCGGUGCAUACAUGAACGCGUUUACGUCAGGGGUUGGGAGUAAAUUCAGCGACGACUCGAUUUUGAACUCGGCGACGGCGAUUGAGAGCAUGAAUACCGGGUAUCCGCAGGAUCUAGAUGACGAACAGAUCAUGGAAGACGAACCUGUCAACAAUGACUUGAUCGACAAUGGACCAGAGAGCUACACGGACGCAGAAUGGCAUUACCUCUUUCGCACCUUCACCCACCUUGUAGACCUGGCUGAGAACCAAGACGCAGAGCCAUUCGUGUAG